AUGGGCGUGUAUACCAAGUUAGCCGACGGCAUCGACGAGGUCGACAUCAUCAUCGCUGGCGGUGGUGCGGCAGCAUGUGUCGUGGCCGGGCGACUGGCCGGGGCUGACCCGUCGCUGUCGAUUCUCGUUGUUGAGGGUGGACCUGAUAACCGUGGCGUCCAGAACAUCGAGCAUCCCGUCUUCUUCCUAGACCACCUGCUGCCUACUAGCAAGACCACCAUCUUCUACAAGGGCAACAAGGCUGAGCAGCUCAACGGCCGCGAGCCCAUUAUUGCCUGCGGCGGGACUCUUGGCGGCGGGUCGUCGAUCAAUUUCUCCAUGUACACGCGUGCCCAGCGCUCGGAUCUCGAUUCUUGGAACACGCCUGGGUGGUCUACCAAUGACCUUGUUCCCUUUUUGCAAAAGAUCGAGACAUUCCAUGGCGAAAAGAAGCACGAGUCUCAUGGCACCAGUGGACCUGUUCAAAUCAGCAGCGGCACAUUCCGCUCCAAGAACUCGGAAAGCGACUUUAUCCAGGCUGCAGCCCAGGUUGGCUGGCCGGAGCAUGAUGACCUCCAGGUGCUGGAUGCCAACAACGGCUUCCAGCGCUGGCACCGCCAUGUUUCGCCGGAGGGUAGACGGCAAGAUACCGCCACGGCAUACCUUCACGAGAAGAUGAACAACCAAGCCAAGUACCCUAACCUACAUGUCCUCGUCCAAUCCAAGGUUGUGCGUGUUCUUCUUGACGACGACAAGCGCGCCGUUAGUGUCGAGUAUACCCCCAACCCUGCCUUCCAGGUCGACACCAACACUACGCAGCACCCCAAGUUAACCAUCAAGGCUUGUAAGCUCGUCGUGGUUUCUUGCGGUGCUUUGGGCACGCCACUGGUACUAGAGCGGUCUGGUCUUGGUGAUCCCAAGGUCCUCGAGAAGGCGGGCGUCCCCGUCCAGGUUGACCUUGCAGGAGUCGGGUCCAACUACGAAGAUCAUCAGCUCAUUCUCUACCCAUACAAGACCAACCUCCAGCCCCAUGAAACAAUUGAUCGGGUCUUGAGGAACCCGGACAAACACCAAGAGCUUAUUGACGCCAAGGAUCCAGUCCUAGGUUGGAACUCGAUCGAUGUCUCGUCCAAGCUUCGGCCUUCAGAUGCUGACGUUGCUGCUCUCGGACCCGAAUUUCAAAAGUCGUGGGACAGGGACUUUAAGAACCAGCCAGACCGACCCAUCAUGUUGAUGGGACUCGUAUCAUGCUUCCUCGGAGACCCCUCGUCGGUGCCGGAGGGUCAGUACGUGACUAUUGGCAAUUAUACAGCCUACCCCUACUCGCGUGGCCAUAUCCACAUCACAGGUCCCGAAAUCACCGAUGCACCAGACUUUGACGUCGGCUUCCUCAACGAUGAAAACGACAUUGACCUGAAGAAGCAACUGUGGGCAUACAAAAAGUCUCGCGAGAUCAUGCGCCGCACCUCCAUGUACCGCGGUGAGCUCGAGGCUGGUCAUCCUCAAUGGCCUGCCGGCUCCAAGGCGGCUUCUCCCGAGUUUGACGGCAAGGACGUCGAGUACUCUGCCGAAGACGACGAGGCUAUCGAGCAGUGGAUCCGCGGCCACGUCGAGACGACUUGGCAUUCCAUCGCCACGUGCAAGAUGGCGCCCAGGGAGGAGAAUGGUGUUGUUGAUGGACGGUUGAAUGUUUGGGGCACCAAAGGGCUGAAGCUGGCCGACUUGAGCAUCGUGCCCAAGAAUGUUGGGGGGAAUACGGGUAACACGGCCAUGUUGGUGGGUGAGAAGGCUGCCGACAUCAUCAUCAAGGAUCUUGGUCUAUAG